AUGGCGGAAUUCGUACGCGCCCAGAUUUUCGGCACCACUUUCGAGAUUACCAGCAGGUACACCGACUUGCAGCCCGUGGGCAUGGGCGCCUUUGGUCUCGUCUGUUCAGCCAAGGACCAGCUUACUAGCCAGGCCGUGGCUAUCAAGAAGAUUAUGAAGCCCUUCAGCACCCCGGUUCUGUCAAAGCGGACAUACCGAGAGUUGAAGCUCCUGAAGCAUCUUCGACAUGAGAAUAUUAUCAGCCUGAGCGACAUCUUCAUCUCUCCCCUCGAAGACAUCUACUUCGUCACUGAGCUCCUCGGAACCGAUCUUCACCGCUUGCUUACCUCCAGACCGCUGGAGAAGCAGUUCAUCCAGUACUUCCUCUACCAGAUUUUGCGUGGUCUGAAAUACGUCCACUCCGCUGGUGUCGUGCACCGCGAUUUGAAGCCCAGCAAUAUCCUUGUCAACGAGAACUGCGAUCUUAAGAUUUGCGACUUCGGUCUCGCCCGUAUACAGGACCCCCAGAUGACGGGUUACGUCUCUACCCGAUACUACAGAGCCCCCGAGAUCAUGCUUACAUGGCAAAAGUACGAUGUCGAGGUUGAUAUCUGGAGUGCAGGAUGCAUUUUCGCCGAGAUGCUUGAGGGCAAGCCGCUCUUCCCUGGAAAGGACCACGUGAACCAGUUCUCCAUCAUUACGGAGCUUCUGGGUACCCCUCCAGAUGAUGUUAUCCAGACCAUCUGCAGCGAGAACACCCUGCGCUUCGUCCAGUCACUUCCCAAGCGGGAACGACAACCCUUGUCCAACAAGUUCAAGAACGCUGAGCCACAAGCCGUCGAUCUUCUAGAGAACAUGCUGGUCUUUGACCCCAAGAAGCGUGUACGAGCGGAGCAGGCUCUCGCUCACCCAUACCUCGCCCCAUACCACGACCCCACUGACGAGCCGAUCGCGGAGGAGAAGUUCGAUUGGUCGUUCAACGACGCAGACCUGCCCGUUGACACCUGGAAAAUCAUGAUGUACUCUGAGAUCCUGGACUACCACAAUGUUGAUGCGGCAGCACAGGAGCAAGAGAACAACGGCAGCUAA